AUGACGGUGAAGCAAGGGGAGAAUGAAAGUCUUAAGGACUACAUCAAGAGGUUCAAAAAUGAGUCUCAGAUCAUCCCCGACCUCCAAGACAAUGUUGCUUUCACAGCCCUUCUCUUCGGGCUCAAGUCUAACAAGCUGAAGUUUGAACUUGUCCAUGACAAGGUGAGCACCUAUUUUGAAGCAAUGGAAAGAGCUGAAAGGAUCAUUGAAGCUAGUGAGGUGUGCAAGGCACCCGUAGCAAACAACAAGGGGAAGAGGAAGCAAGAAGAUAAUUACCAUGACAACAGGAAUAGAAGUCCUAGGAGGGCUGAGAGCGAUGAUUAA